AUGGAAGGACAGCCCGGUCGUGUGAUGGAGGCGACAGCAGCCGCUGAGGAGCAGCAGUCUCGCGAUGCCCGAGAUCUGCCAGGGCCGUCUCGUGAAGGCAGGGACCCGGCCGCCGUGACGCAGGAGACGAGCCAAGGCAUGGAGCCUGAACUGGCAGAGCUGCCGAGUGCCCCUCAGCAGGAGGCGGACGUGGCUGUGCCGCAGCGCAGCUCCUCGGCUCCGUCGCUGCGCUCCCAGGAAGGGGCCCUGCUGCCCCCGCUGGACUCGCCGCCUCCAGGCGGAGCCGCCGCCGCCGCCGCCGCCGCCGCCGCCGGCCACCAGCCGCAGCCGGGCCCGAGGCGCAGCCCCCCUGCGUCCGACUCCAACACGGAGUCGGACGACACGAACGGACUGCCCUACCAACUGCUCUCCCGCCGCAGCAGUCUGGUGACGGUGAGCAGCCUGAGCCAGUACACCCACUCGUCGGAUCAAAUGGAGACCUCGAAUGAGCAGACGUGCAGCAGCGAGGACGCGUUCGUCGGUGCCAGCAGCAGUCAGUCACCAAUGGAAAGCGGCGCGGAGCUGGAGGGACUGCCUGCCUCAGCUGCUCAGUCUGUCGCGCUGGAGAAGGCUGGCACCAGUGGGCUGGAGCGAGGGAUCUCGCCGGAUGAAGCUUCUCCAGAAGAGCAGGAGGAGCCCCCACGAAAGAAGUUUGCGUCGCUGGCGCACUUCCUGCAGCAGGGAGACGGCGCGAGCACCUCCAGCCAGCAGCAGGAGGGGGAGGGGGGACAUCCACUGCCGGACGGCUCCAGGAAGAGGGCCCACGCCGAGGAGAGCCUCUUGCAGGACGCAGUGAAGAAGCGCCUCCUGCAGACCGGGCGCCCGCUGCUGGGGCGGCAGCUGUCCACCCCGGAGAGCUGCUGCAGCCCGGCCAGCGAGGGGCAGGAGGGCACCGACGACGACGCCAGCUGGCGCGACGUGUCCGUCCAGGAGGAGUCCUCGGGGGACACGCGCGACGUGAGGGGCCGCCUCAAAGCGCUGAAGCUCGCCUCGCCCGCGCCGCCGCCGAGCGACGCGCAGCCCGAGCCGGCCUCCCCAGACAUCGCCGGCGGCGACGCCGGGCCAGCCAGCGGCCCUCCUCAGGACGACAGCAUGGACGAUUCCAGCCCUGCCAUAGCUGAAGGCCCCAGCUCCCAGGACAUGGCGCCUGACCUGGAGUCUUACCAAGAGGUCAGCGAGAUAGAGGAGGAGGAGGCGCCGGUCAGCCCGUUCUCUGAUCAGGAGGCGGCCAGGGCAGAGUGUGUGGGCGUCCCCUCGGGCUCUGGCAUAGCAGUCUCCGGGACAGCCUUCGGCGAAAUGUCGCCAGGCAGAGGGAUGCCGGCAGAGCCACCUAAAGAGCAGCAGGAAUCGUCAGAGCAUCCAGUGUGGCAAGAGCCAGGUCAGGGGACAAGUCAGGGUCAAGAGGUGGCCCCAGCUGCCAGCACACUCGAGCCUCCAGCUCCGCUGGGCGAGCAGCAGGCAGGAGGGCGGGGGAGGGCAGCGCUGGCGGAGGGCAGCGACCAGCGAGUGCCAGAGGUUGACGUACCACCGGGGCAGGACUCGCCCGGGGCGGAGCGGAAGCCGGCUACGAAGCGCAAGAGCACCGACAGCCCGCACGAGCUGACCCCGACCAAGAGGGGCCGCAAGUGA